AUGAGUGAAGAUAUAGAUGAAGAUAUUAUUUACGAAGAUAUAGAAAAUAAAAAUGAUAUAAUUGAUUUAAGUUCAGAUGAUGAAUUAAGCAGCUAUUCAUAUGCAAACGGUGAAAAUGACGAGUUAAUUAAAUAUAAGAAAGAGAAAAUUUCAUUUUUUAAAAAAUUUUACACAAAUAAAAGUAUUUACUUUAUUAAUUCAUUCAAAAAAUGGAUAUAUUUUGGUAGUAUAAACAAUAAAUGUUAUAUAUACAAUAAUUUUGAUAAUGAUUUAAAACAUUUUGUUAAUACAGUUAAUUCAGAAAAAUAUAAGGAAUAUGAUAAUGAAAAAAAAAAUGAUUUUAAAAUAAAUUUAAAAAAUGUGAAGCAUCAAAAAUACAGUGAUACAGUAACAAAUAUCAAAUUUUCUAAAAAUAAUAAAUAUGUCGCUGUAAGUAUAUAUAAUGGUGAAAUAUAUAUAUAUGAAAAUAAUGACUAUGACAGAUCAGAGAUUUUAAAUUACAAUAUAAAUAAUAUAAAACAAAAUAUAAAUAGUAGUAACAGCUUAUUAAAUAUAUAUAAUUGGAAUAUUGAAAACAAAGAAAAAACAGAAUAUGUAAAUGAAGAAAUGAAAUUUAUUAAUAUUUUAAGUAUUAAUGAUUCAAAUAAUGAAAAAGAUUUAGAAUAUUUUAUGUUCUGCCCAUUUAAUGAAAAUAUUCUUAUAAGUAUUUAUCUAAAUUCAACAAAUAUAUAUAUAUGGGAUAUACUAGAAAGUAGUCCUAUACAUAUUACUCAUACUAUUAACAUUCCUACCUUUUUAAAUAUAUGUAAUUAUGAAAACAACUUUUAUAUAAUGGCUGGAUUUGAUAAUGGUGAAUGUUAUGUUUAUGACUAUGACAUAUAUAAUUUAAAGAGAAGAGAUUCAAGUAAAAAUUUUGAAAAAAAAAAAAAAAUGGAAUACAUUGAAACAAACAAUUCUAAUAAAAUAACAUUAAGCGAUAAUAUAUUAACAAACAAUGAAAUAGAUAAUGUUAACGAUGUAUUAUGUAUAGACAAUCACAUAAUGAAUGAAAUAUAUGUAGCAACACAUAAAAAUAUCAUCAAAAUAUACAACGUAAAUAAUAAUAAUAUUAUUAGCACAUAUAAUAACUUACAUAAUGACAUAAUAGAUUACUGUUUAUUUAAUAAUAAAAAAAACAACUUAUUUGCUUCUUCGUCUUUAGAUAAUAAAAUAAAUAUAUAUGAUUUUCAACAUAAUAAAUAUAUUAAUCAAUUUAAUGUUAAUUAUGACUUUAAUGAAUUAGAUAAAAAUAGUCAAAUAGAAAAAGGUAUAAAUUUUUUAAAAUGGAUUAAUACAAAUUUAUUAUUAUUUUCCAGUUUAAAUGGAAAUAUAUAUAUUUAUGAUAUAAGAUUAAGAAAAUGUAUUCAUCAAUUUUAUUGUCAUGUUGAUACUAUAUUUAAUGUAAAUGUAUCACUUCAUUUAUAUGAAAAUAAAAAUAUAUUAUCAGUAUUGACAGCAAGUGACGACAAUUCUUCUAAUAUACACUUUUUUGAUAUUUCUUCAUUUAUUUGA